AGGCAGAAUUUCUGAUUCACUGGACGGAACGUGUAGACAGAUAGUAUGAUAGUAUCUGGGUCUCUAUUAGCCUUUGAUUUCUCCUGAUCGUUCUAGAACUUGCACGGAAACUGGUGUCUAUUAAGUCAUUGGCGUUAAGUUCAAGGAGGAAAACAGAUCAAUCCCAGGCUGUUCAGACAAGAUGUCUGCCUUGUUCAACUUUCAAUCGCUCCUGCUGGUUAUCUUGCUCGUCAUCUGCACGAGUACCUAUGCCCACUCGAUCAUGCCAGGAAUUAUGGACCGUAAUCAACAUGGCUUCUUCGGGGUAUUCUGGAAGUGUGCACGAAUCGGUGAACGGCUUAGUCCGUAUGUCAGUAUCUGUUGCAUCUUGAUGGCUGUGAGUGCUUGACAGCAUCAUAUGAACAUACCAAGUUGAGGUAACAGUAAGGCUAAUAUACAUGAGCUAGGUUUCGAUCUUCUUUGGCGGUUG